AUGGCGGGGCUGCCCGGUGCGGCGCGGAGCCGGAGCGGCUCCCCGGGCUCCUCCGCCGCCCUGGACGGCGCUUUCCUCCGCUCGCCGCUCGGGGGGCUGAUGGGUGCCCAGGCCGUGCUGGGCUUACUGGUGUGGGCUCUCAUCGCCGACACAACGUACCACCUCCACGCAGCGUAUGGCUGGGUGAUGUUCGUGUCCAUCUUCUUCUGGAUAGUAACAGUCCUUUUCUUCAUCACGUACCUCCUGCAGCUUCAGCUGAAGUUCUACAUGAUCCCCUGGCCCCUCGUGCUGAUGAUCUUCAACGCUGCAGCAACUGUCCUGUACGUCACCGCCUUCAUAACGUGUGCGGCUGCCGUCCAGCCUACGUCCUGGCGGCAGUGGGAUUACAACCGGAGAGCCGCGGCAUCUUUCUUCGCCUGCCUUGUGAUGAUCACCUACGGGGUGAGCACCUUCUUCAGCUUCCGUGCCUGGAAAGGGCUCGGCAGCAAUGCAGCCACCAGCCAAGUGACUGACCACGCGUAA